UAUCUUACCAAUGAUGCAUAAGGGGGAAUCAGUUAGGGGAAAUGGCUGAUAAAGUAUUAGGUGAUGUUUUGACAAUUUUGUUUCUUUCGUUACACUAAUUGAAAGAGAAGCGUGUUAUAUUUCAAGAUAUGUCUUAAACUGUAUUGUGAAUUAUACACUUCAACGAAGACCGAAAAUAUCUGUCGAUGAAUGUGCCUAAGUUGAGGAAGAAAAACUUGUCAAAACCUGUCUCGAUGUGUUUCGAGUAGCUGCCAUUAAGAAAUGUUCGUUAUAAACGUCUAAAUAAUUUUUUUUUUGACAGCCUCCUCGAGGAGAUUAUGCUAAAUAAAAUAAAUAUGUAUAUAUAAUUCAAGUUUAUAUUUGAAGCAGAAGCAAUUUAUGUUUGUCGUUAAAUAAGUUGCUCUUCGUUGUUGAAAAUUGAUACAGUAUUAUUUCAUAAAGAAUAGAUAAUAUAUUUUGUUGCAGAUAAUCAAGACUUCCUAUUGAUAGGCAAAUUUAUCUAAUGUAAUGACACAAUGAUACAAUGAUGUAAAAGUGUUUAUGACAUUUCUAUAAAAGAGAAAUGGAAAUGAAAUACUUUUGAGGGCAAUAAGAUGCCUGUCAAACCAUUCAAUAAUGGGACAGCAUUUCGCUAGUCUCAGGGAAUUUUUUAGAAUGGAUAGUGAAAGGCAGUCUUCCGAAGCAUGUACUAACGUUAUCCAGCCAACGCAGUUAAAGAUGAUGAAUCAGGAUGAUAUAGAAAAUUUAUUGAAUUUGAGUCUGAUUCUACACGAAGAAUGCAAGACAGAUGGGAAUUUGGAUAACGAUAAUUUAAAUUUAGAUCUAGAUAAUCACAAUUCUAGAUUUGAAACUUUAUACAGUCAACCAAUCGAAGUGCAGGAUUCAAAGAAAAUUUGUAAUAAUGGAAAUAUUACUAGAGAGAUAUGUUUUAAGCAACAGGAAGCAUGUUGCAGUAGUUCAGGAAGUAGUAAUACUAGUAGUAGUUCUGAAGAUAGUCCUGUUAAUCCUCCUUUAAGAAGAUCUUCUAAAACUUUAUCGUUUGGAAAACGAAAAGGUAAACAACGCAAUAAAGAUCAAAGCCCAGUGUGCACUCAUGUUCUGUCUUCGAAAAAGAAGAGGAGUAGCUGGGUAUUAAAGUUUAACUGUGCCAAGAACAAAAGUUCUAAAAGUACAGAUAUUAUCCCUAGUCAAGGGAAUAACAGUUUAGAUUGCGUUUGCACUGGUUAUAGAAGAACGGAAGAACACCCAAUGGGAGCUGGUGUUAUAUUUAAUAGUCGAUCUGCUCCUCAAAGUCCAGUGCUGGGACCACUUCCGCCCAGUCCUGUGAUUGAUCUUUCAAGAUUUAAUCCGGAAGAAUUUCCAAUGGAAGAUUGUGACAAAAGAGCACGGCUACAACGUGCACGAGAAAUGGAGGAAGGCGUUGAACCCCCUCCUGGUUAUAAACCUAACUAUCCUUCGGGAAUUCAAGUACACCCAAAUGGGAUAACGGUAGAUAGUUUAGCAGCUUUGUUCCAAGCGCAUGCAGGUAUACAAGCUGCUGCGCUCACAGCAUUAUCGCAAAUCGACUUUACGUUAAUUCCAAAUAUUGAAAGGCCAGCACAUACGCAGGUUGAUUAUGUUCAUUGUCUUGUGCCAGAUCUUAGAUCAAUUACAGCUUGUUCUUUUUAUUGGGGUAAAAUGGAUCGAUAUGAAGCUGAACGUUUAUUAGAGGGCAAGCAAGAGGGCACGUUCUUGUUACGCGAUUCAGCUCAAGAGGAAUUCAUCUUUUCUGUUAGUUUUCGAAAGUAUGGACGAUCGUUGCAUGCCCGAAUUGAGCAGUGGAAUCAUAAAUUUAGUUUCGAUUCGCACGAUCCAGGAGUUUACGCUUCAGAAACGGUAUGCGGUUUAAUCGAGCAUUAUAAACAUCCAUCAUGUUCCAUGUUCUUUGAACCUAUGCUUACUAUACCAUUUCAUCGAAAUUUCGCUUUCCCUUUACAACAUUUAUGUCGAGCAGUAAUUACGACACGGACGACAUAUGAUGGUAUAAAUAAAUUACAAUUGCCAAAGACGCUUAAGAGUUAUCUCAAGGAAUAUCAUUACAAGCAAAGAGUACGAGUUAGGCGAUUAGAUACCGAGAAUGAUUUACAACCAGAUGGAAGAUCCAUAUCAUAUUUACCUUUAAUGUAAAUCUCUGUAUUCAUAUUUAAUAGAGUUUGUCAGGCAUUA